AUGCUGGAAACAGCUCGAGAACUCACCCUCGAAGCAGCGCAGUCGGCAGCCAACAGUCGAGGGCCGAGUACCGGCCAUUCGUCUCGAAACCUGAGUGCAUCUCAUAUUAAGAAACUGCUCGACAGCCGCAGUGACCGGGAAGUCCUGGAUGGUAUGCGAAGGGUUAUCACGUUGAUGUACCGCUCCGAACCUUCCGUUCCCUUCUUCUCAGCAGUCGUCAAGAAUGUGGCCAAUGCAAGCUUCGAGGUCAAGAAAUUGGUCUACAUUUAUCUGGUUCACCAUGCCGAGACGGAGCCCGACCUUGCGCUGUUGUCCAUCAACACAAUUCAGAAGUCGCUCACGGACCAGAAUCCCCAGGUUCGCGCAAUGGCGCUUCGUACAAUGUCUGGAAUUCGCGUGCCGGUUAUCAGUCAGAUUGUCUCCCUUGCGAUCAAAAGAGGCUGUGGUGACAUGAGUCCGCAUGUGCGCAAAGCGGCGGCGUUGGCUAUUCCCAAAUGCUACCGUCUGGACCCAAGUACCCUGCCGCAGUUGACCGGCUAUGUAUCUACUCUGCUGGGGGACACACAGUACUUUGUGGCUGGCCCAGCUGUCACUGCAUUCUUGGAAGUGUGCCCGGAUAGGAUUGACCUCAUCCACCCGCACUACCGCAGCCUGGUCAAAAAGCUGGUGGACAUGGACGAGUGGAGCCAAAUCGCAACUUUGCGCCUUCUGACAUUCUAUGCCCGCAGAUGCUUUCCUCAGAAGAUCCAGAAGGGCAAAAAGCCGGUGUCGAAAGGGUUCUACGAUGAUGAGGAGGCAGAGGGCGGCGAGGAGUAUGAGGUUCCGUACAUUGACCCCGACCUGGAGCUUUUAUUCCGAGCUUGCAAGCUACUCUUGCAUAAUCGUAACUCUGCGGUUGUCGUGAGUGUCGUCCGUUGCUUCCUUUACCUAGCGCCUGCCGAUUACCUCUCCGCCACUGUUGGACCGUUGGUCGCCCUCCUUCGGAGUCCUCAGGAUAUCCAGCACAUUGCACUGUACAACAUUGUCGCUGUUGUUUUGCGCCAGCCCAAGCCUUUCACAAGAUACAUUGCGCACUUUUUGGUCCGUGCCACGGAUCCACUUCAUAUCUGGCGCCUCAAGCUAGAAAUACUCACGAUCCUUUUCCCCCACUGCGGGCUACACCUCAAGGGUAUUAUAGUCAGCGAUCUGCAGCAUUUCUCCCAGAGCUCAGACCCGGCCCUUGUGCGUGAGAGCCUUCGCGCGAUUGGGCGCUGUGCCCAAAGCGACCCUAGUACGGCAGACCAGUGUUUACAGAUCCUCCUUAGCCAGAUCACGAGCCUCGACGACAAUCUUGUCUCGGAGUCAUUGACCGUGAUCAGACAUCUGAUCCAGCAAGACCCCGCAUCGCAUGAGCAAACCGUUAUUCAGCUGGUAAAGCAUCUGGGACUGACCAACAACCCGGACGCAAGGGCGACUAUCGUGUGGCUAGUGGGAGAAUUCGCCGGAGCUGAGCCGGAGAAAAACAUCGCACCAGAUGUCCUGCGGAUUUUGGUGAAAAACUUUGCCAACGAAGAGGAAGCCGUGAAGCAGCAGCUCGUUCUCUUAGGUGCCAGAGUAUAUCUGCACCACCUUCUCCGUAACCCUCCCAAAGAGGAACCUCAACCAGAAACCAAGGCCCAGCCAGAGUCUCAACCGGAGUAUCCCAACGAAUGGAAUGACAAAGCCGACGAAGGGGAGGGGGAAGCACAAACAGACAACCAAGGGGCUGAAGGAAGCAGCCAGCCUGAGAAACCGGCCGAGCAGGAAGAAGACCAAAUUACUCUCCUUUGGCGAUACAUUCUGCUCCUUGCUAGAUAUGACACUUCCUACGACCUGCGGGACCGUGCGCGAUUAUACAAGGCACUCCUCGGCUCGCCAUCCUCGACCCAGCUCGCCAACCUACUCCUCCUCGCGCCGAAGCCGGUUCCUCACGUUCCCAGUCCCUCGGAAACUCGCAAAGACCUACUCAUCGGCUCCUCGACAUUGGUCAUCGGGCCGGAUGCCGGCAUUCACGGUUUGAAGGGCUAUGAGAACAUCCCUGACUGGGUACAAGCGGGAGAAGAGCCUGACCCUAGCCUCCGCGCUGUUGACGUGAGACCGAAUACAGCGGAACGAGCAUCCAUGACUGCGGGCGAACGACUUGACAAGGCCCUCAAAGAACAUCAAAACAACGCUGCACAGUCAAGCAAGGGGCCGAACGGCCGCGUACAGGGCGCAGCUUCAGCGGCCUCCAAAAACAAGACCCUUGAUCAAUGGCUAGAGGACGAAGAAACGGAGACCGAGACGGAAACGGAAACUGAAGAGGAAUCAGGGUCGGAGGAAGAGGUGACGGAUUCUGGAGAGGAGACUGAGGAGGAAGAAACUGAGGAAGAAGAGACCGACUCAGAUGAUGGGGAGGAGGACAGACAACUCCUUACCCAGCGAGGUGAUACCCGCAUUCAGGGUUCCUCGAAGGACGUGUUCUAA